AUGGCAACGAUGCUCGUCGCCUGGGUACUCCUAUCCUCUCUUCUGCUAGGUAUAACCGCUACCCCGACAAAACGUACAUACGACACCCACAAUUAUUACGUUCUUCGUCACAACCCAUUCCUCACUUCAGGGGCAUCGCUGGACGAUGUUGUACGAGCCUUGAAAGUCGAACUUGUAGAACAAGCCGGUGAACUUCAAGACCACUGGAUUGUCAAACAGCUCAAGGAUACACGCCUUACUACCAGAGAUGUCUCCGAUCCUGUGCUCUCUAGGUUUGAGGCAUUUAAGCGGCAAGCAGACUCGUCUCUGGAAAUACGUUCUGAGGAGACCCAGUUGGCUCAACGGAUUGUCUCCUCCGUGGAUUAUCUCUCCUUGCAAACUCUACGCCAAAGAACUAAGCGCGCGCCUCCGCCAAUAACCCCCUCCGCCUCCACCUCAUCGAAAGCCGUGGCUGCACGGUUUGGAAUAGAAGACCCAAUGUUUGGCAAACAAUGGCACCUUGUCAAUGAAGAAUAUCCAGAGCACAUGAUGAAUGUCACAGGUGUAUGGGAUAUGGGACUUACUGGUAAAGGUGUUAUAUCCUCUUUAGUAGACGACGGUUUGGAUUACGAGAGCGAAGAUUUAUCGUCCAAUUUUGAUGCUGACAAUUCAUACGACUUCAACGAUCACGAAAAACUGCCUACUCCCAAGAAUUACGACGAUCAUCACGGAACGCGCUGCGCAGGUCAAAUCGCGGCUGAGAAAAAUAACGUAUGUGGUGUGGGAAUAGCCUAUGAUUCUAAGGUUGCUGGUGUCAGAAUCCUUUCUGGCCCCAUCUCGGACGUCGAUGAAGCAGCCGCCCUUAAUUAUGGCUUCCAGAACGUGUCAAUAUAUAGUUGCAGCUGGGGCCCGCCAGAUAAUGGAAUGUCUAUGGAAGGACCGAAUUACUUGAUCCAGAAGGCAGUUGUUAAUGGAAUCAACAACGGAAGGGGAGGUAAAGGAUCAAUAUUCGUCUUUGCCAGCGGGAACGGCGCAGCUCAUGGGGACCAGUGCAAUUUCGAUGGUUACACAAAUAGCAUUUAUUCCGUGACGGUGUCAGCUGUCGACUACAAGGGCUUGCAUCCAUAUUACUCGGAGCCUUGUGCUGCGAACAUGAUUGUGGCAUAUAGCUCAGGCAGUAAUCAUCAGAUUGUUACUACUGACAAAGGUAAAAACGUUUGUGCGACGACUCAUGGCGGAACAUCUGCUGCUGCUCCCAACGCCGUCGGGGUUUUUGCAUUAGCAUUAGAAGCGCGUCCUGACUUGACUUGGCGGGAUAUUCAACAUCUUUGCGUUAAAACGGCUGAAGAGAUAAAUAAAGAUGAUCCGGAUUGGGAAAAGACAGCAAGCGGUCGUCGGUACAGUUACAAGUAUGGCUUUGGUGUUCUGGAUGGCUACAGAUACGUAAAGGCGGCCCAGACAUGGAAACUCGUCAAACCUCAAGCUUGGCUUGAAACCAAAACCAUUCAGCUCAACAAUGGGACUUUUGGUGAUGACAAGGUAUUCAAAGGUGGCGAAUUUAUACCUCCGAAUGGUAUUGAGAGCAAGAUGACGAUCACAAAAGAAAUGAUGGAAGAAAACAAUUUGGAGGCCCUUGAGCACAUUAAUGUCAGAGUUUGGAUACAACAUGCAUCUCGCGGAGAAGUGGAAGUUGAAAUCAUGAGUCCAAACGGAAUCAAGAGUGUACUUGGCGGACGUCGCACGGCAGACAGGGAUACCUCCGGAUAUCCUGGAUGGAUGUUUAUGUCGGUCAAGCAUUGGGGUGAAAAUCCUGUCGGGGACUGGACUAUCAAAGUGAAAGAUCAAAACAAUGCUCAAAGUAAUGGUUCAUUCUUAGGGUGGAAUAUGAUAUUAUGGGGGUCUACCAUUGACCCGACACAAGCAAUCAAGUAUGAAGUUCCCCUAGUAGCUGAUGUGUUACCUCCCGUCGAGGUUCCCCAUAGGCCGAUCAUUGUACUUCCUCCCACCACCACAACAUCAACUAGGCAACACCCUAAACCAACAGCGAACCUUCCGAGCGACCAUGCCGUGGCGACUGGAGAAAAUUCCAAGCCCGCUUUUUCCUCAGCUGCUGAAACUCAACCUUCACCAACAACUGCACCUUCUCCUCUGAUAUCUGGAACGCCUGACUUUGGCUGGUUCUCAGAUAUGUCGUCGCUGGUCACUGGCCAGAAAUGGUUUUUCGGUGCUCUAGGGGCUGUUUCAUUAUUUGGCAUUGGCGUUGGGGUCUUCUUUUGGAGACGCAGGGUGGCUCAGAAAGCGGCACAGUAUACUGCUUUAAACAAUGACAAUGACGUUUCAAUGUCUGCUCUGGGAACUUCAAUAUCUGGGGGACCUCGUACGACAAGGGAGCUCUACGAUGCUUUCGGAGAGGUGUCAGACGAUGAUGAUGACGAGACUACGGCACUCAGACAACCUCUGACACGCGGCGCAGACGGAAUCGGGUUCCAUUCAGGAUUCUUGGACGACGAUGAUCCUCCAACAGCAACUCCCGGUCAUACUCGAUUAUACCACGAUGAACCCAGCAAUCAUGAACACGAAACGCAAAUGAAAGCACGAGAUGCAUCGACACCUGAAGAAGUGAUUAGUCCAACGGGGAGUGCCGAUGGUAGCUGGGAGCAUGCUUCACGAGAGUGA